GGGAGGGGUGGGGAUGGAAAAACACUUAAUAGACAAUAGAUAAGUGGAGAACUUUGAUGAAGGGUAAGACAGUACACAACACCGGGGAAGUACAAGGCAAGGUCAUGGUAGCGCCAUAAAAAAAAAAAAAAAAAAAAACCAUACACACAUCCAAACUCCCUGAGGGACUGAAUUGCUGGGCUGAGUGCUGUGGGGACCAUGGUCUCAGGGAACAUCUAGCUCAAUUGGCAUAACAUAUUUUGUGAAGCAUAUGUUCUACAUUCUACUUUGGUGAGUAGCAUCUGGGGCCUUGAAAGCCUGUGAGCUGCCACCUAUGAUACUCCACUGGUCUCACCCCUCCAAGAACAAGAAAGAAUGAAGAAAAUUAAGAUACAAGGGAAAGAUUAGUCCAAAGGACUAAUGGACCACAUCUAUCAUGGCCUUUACCAGACUGAGUCCAGUAAAACUAGAUGGUGCCUGGCUACCACCACUGACUGCUCUGACAGGGAUCACAAUAGUGGGUCCCGGACAGAGUUGGAGGAAAAUGUAGAACAAAAUUCUGACUCAAAAAGAAAGACCAGACCUGCUGGCCUGGCAGAGACUGGAGAAACCCUGAGAGUAUGGCCCCUGGACACCCUUUCAGCUCAGUAAUGAGGUCACUCUUGAGGUUCACCUUUCAGCCAAAGAUUGAACAGACCCAUGGAACAAAACAAGACAAAAGGGGUUCACCAGUCCUGGGACAGGGACUGGAAGGCAGGAGGGAACGGGAAAGCUGGUAAUAGGGAACCCAGGGUUUAGAAGGGAGAGCACUGACAUGUCGUGGGGUUGUUAACCAGUGUCAUAAAAUAAUGUGUGUACGAACUCUUCGAUGAGAAACUAGUUCUGUAAACCUUCAUCUAAAGUACAAUUAAAAAAAAAAAAGAAAAAUAGUAUGCCAGGUGAAAGAAGCCAGUCACAAAAGGCUACACUAGGGCACUGCUGCCCUUGCCCUUUAUAUAAAUAUCAUCCUGGUUGUUGUGCUAAGGGAUACGUGAGUGCAGUCUAAUAUGCAAAUCUGUUUGAUGUAAAUAGUCUGUAGGAAAUACAGAGAGGUGACUCUGAAAUGAGAGAGAAAUAAUGAAAUUGCAACUGUCUAAUGAAGAAUUUUAGCGCCAAAUAGAUUUUUAAUGUUUGCUAUAAUAAGUAAUAGAAACCACAGUAGCCUUUUAACUGAUGGGAGACAAGAUAAAAUGAUGUUUACGUAGGACCACUGUGACAACUCUGUUUAUGACACAUAUUUGCAGAUCUGAGGCUAUGUGAUCAGCCAUUUUUGCCAACUUGUGAACAGCUUCAUAAUCUCAUGAAAAAUAAAGUACAGCUUUAUAUUUAAUGAAUCAUCAGUUGAAAGAAAAAAAUUACUUGUAACGGAAAUGCUUAGACACUCAAAGGGAUAAAAUUGCAGAUUUUAAGAAUGAGAGAAGGGAAAGCUAUGAUCCUUAAUAUCAAGCUUCAACAAAGCAAAUAAACCCAGAAUCAGUUCCAGUUGGUUGACUCCAAGGAGAGUGUAAAAACUCAGAACAGCCUUUGACCGGCAGGGCACAUCUCACAUAUAAACGUUUGUUUUUGAACAGGCAGCCUGGACAGUUCCUAACAUCUAGUGGCUGAAAUGGAGCUGCUGGAGAUCACUACUCUUGCCCUUGUGAUUUGUAUCACUUGCCUGAUUUUCCUUUUGGUGUGGAGGAAAAGUCACAAAAUGAGAAGGCUCCCCCCUGGCCCAGCUCCCCUUCCCAUCAUUGGGAAUAUGCUACAACUGAACCCUAAGGACAUCCCUGGUUCCCUCUGCAAGCUCGCUGAGGAGUAUGGCCCGGUCUACACCCUGCACAUUGGACCCCAGCUCACAGUGGUCUUACAUGGAUAUGAGGCAGUGAAGGAAGCUCUGAUUGAUCAGGGUGACGAAUUCCUUGGCAGAGGACCUAUGCCAAUUAUUGAGGAUACCCUAAAAGGAUAUGGAAUCGUUUUCAGUCAUGGAGAGAGGUGGAAGCAAAUGCGGAGGUUCUCCCUUAUGACCCUGCGGAACUUUGGAAUGGGGAAGAGAAGCAUUGAGGAGAGAGUCCAGGAGGAAGCCCGAUACCUUGUGGAGGAGCUCAGGCAAACAGAGGCUCAGCCCUUUGACCCCACCUUCGUCCUUUCCUGUGCUCCUUGCAACACGAUCUGCUCCAUCCUCUUCAGUGAGCGUUUCCAGUAUACUAAUGAGAAAUUCCUCUACCUGAUGAACUUGUUAAAUGAAAAUUUUAGACAGAUAAACUCUCCAUGGAGCCAGAUGUACAAUCUCUGGCCAAGACUCAUAAAACACCUCCCUGGACAGCACAGAGCAUUCUCAAAAAGGUCUAAAGAUCUUAAGUAUUUUAUACUGGAAAAAGUGAAGGAGCAUCAGGAGUCUCUGGAUCAUAAUAGCGCUCGGGACUACAUUGAUUGUUUCCUCAGCAAGAUGGAAGAGGAGAAAAACAACCCGGAGUCUGAGUUUGAUAUGGAGAACUUGGUCACCUGUGCAUCUAAUUUGUUUGCGGCGGGAACAGAGACACUCAGUAACACCCUGAGAUUCGGACUCCUGCUCCUGAUGAAACACCCUGAAGUGGAAGCCAAAGUUCAUGAAGAAAUUGACAGUGUGAUUGGACGCAACCAAAGCCCAUGCAUGAAGGACAAGAUGAAGUUACCCUAUACAGAGGCUGUGUUGCAUGAGAUACAAAGAUUCAUCAACCUCCUUCCUUCUAACUUGCCCCAUGCUGUGAUCCGGGACACAAAAUUCAGACAAUUCGUCAUCCCCAAGGGUACGACCGUAUUGCCACUACUGUCUUCAAUCAUGUUUGAUUGCAAGGAGUUUCCCAACCCAGAGAAGUUUGACCCAGGCCACUUUUUAGAUAAAAAUGGCAGCUUCAAGAAAACAGAAUAUUUCGUGCCUUUUUCCCUUGGAAAACGGGCCUGUGUUGGAGAGAGCCUGGCCCGCAUGGAGCUGUUCCUGUUCUUCACCACCAUUAUGCAGAACUUCUCCUUGAAGCCCCUAGUUGAGCCAAAGGAGCUAACCAUCAAACCUGUUGUUACUGGGCUUCUCAACAUCCCACCACCUUAUAAGUUAUGCUGUAUUCCUAGAUAAAAGAAGAACUUUUAUCUUUUGAUCAUUUGCAUUGUAAAUCAAAGCAAUUGCUUCCCCCCAUUAGAAAUUUAUUACAAGUCUGUCUCUUCAUUGUAAAUACUGUUUAGGACAGAAAUACUACUCACAAAAAACAUGAUGAACAUUUGUUUAAAUCUAUAAAUCCCUUGACAAAAAUGACUGGGCUCUGAAAAGCCCAAGGGUACAAACAUUAUUCUCAUAGUCUUUACUGUACUUUUUAGGCAGAGGUCCCCAGGCUAAGAAAAAUUCCACUGCCUCAAGCAGUUUGCUUGGCCUGCCCUGCAACUUUGCUUUAGAAUCUUAGUUCCUUUGCUUGGCCUGCCCUGUAACUUUGCAUUAAAAUCCUUGUAAUGCAUGAAGUUAUAUGUAAUCCCCGUUGCCCCUGCAUAGCAUGAUUAAGAAUGUUGCUUAUGGAACUUGUAUGAACUCCCCGCUUGUAAACCCCUUAAAAAUAAC